AAAAAUCCAAGUGGUAUGAGGAAAUUGGCAUGUUGGUCUAAGAGCAGAUACAAAAGAAUCUGUUCUGGGUAAUAAGAGAGAAGGAUGUGAGUCUGUAAUACAACAAGUUAACAAAAGAGAAAGAGUUUAUGGGGGAGGAAGAAGGAAUUCCAACUUCUCAGUCACGAGACCAGGAAACACUGCCUCAUACACUUGCUGCAUUACACACAUGCUUCUCAAAGGGCAUGUUUCCCUCUUAGACAUGAAGAGACCUGUCACAGGAAAAGAGAUGCUAAAGUGUGAUUAGGAGAAGAGCAGACGGCUGGAGUCUAGUCAAUCAAGUCCUGAAGAACUAACAGAUGACAACCCAUCAGACUGCAACAGGGGGCUUUAUUGCACCCAGGCUGGAAGUAUCUCAAGGAUGUUACCGGGGUGGACAAUGAAUAACAACACUGGGUGCCAUGAUGAUCACACCCUGGAUAAGUAUUUGUUUCCAUUUGUGUACAGCAUUGUGAUGAUGAUCAGUAUUCCCAUCAACUGCAUAUCCCUCUAUGCAUCUUGCAUUCAGGUGAGGAAAAAGAAUGAGUUAGCAGUCUACAUCUUUAGCCUAUCCCUGGCUGACCUUUUGUACUCUUCAAUUCUGCCUCUGUGGAUUGAUUAUGCCUGGCAUGGAGAUGACUGGAGGCUCCCUGCCUUGCUUUGUCAGAUUUUUGCCUUCCUUACGUAUAUGAAUUUCUACACCAGCACUGCGUUCCUUGCUUGCAUCUCUCUUGACAGGUACCUGGCGUUAGUUCACCCCUUGAAGUUCCAGUACUUGCGCACAAGAAGAUUUUCAUUGAUUGUCAGCAUAGUUAUUUGGCUUCUGGAAAGCAUCUUUAAUUCAGUCAUAUUGGUGAAUAAAGAAGUAUUCAAUGAUCCUUGCAAUUUCACUAAUCAUACAUUAUGCUAUGAUAACUACCCCCUGGAAAGAUGGCAGGCCAACAUAAAUUUAUUCCGGAUAUGCUCAGGGUACUUGGUCCCUUUGAUAAUUAUUGUGUUUUGCUACCAUAAAAUCUACCAAGUAGUGAGGUGUAACCAAGCCACAGUAGAUGAAGAAAAGAAAAAAGUGAAGAAACUUAUUGUGAACAUCACAGUUAGUUUCAUUGUUUGCUUCACUCCUUAUCAUGUUGUACUGCUUAUCCGCAGCAUCAAAGAACCUUCCACCUCUGACCCACAUCUUUUGUUGCUGAUGUAUAAGGUUUACAGAAUCACACAGGCCUUAACAAGUUUGAAUUGCAUUGCGGAUCCCAUUCUGUACUGCUUUGUGAGUGAAACUGCACGGACAGAGAUAGUGAAUUUGCUCAGGUGUUGCUUGUGCCUAGGAAAGUGUGGGGAAGACCAAGUGAGAGGACAUGCUCUAUCCAGUUCUGCUACAAGAAACACUGCACUGAUCACCUACAGAAGUUCCUGUGAAACCCAGACUGUCAAAAUUUCCUGAACAAGUACAUACAAAGGAAAACUGGAUAAUCUAAAAGGAAAGGAAAGAAAAAUUGUUCUCGUAGGAACUUGUGUACCUAGGAAAUGCCCCAAAAUAAGGUUUUGCUUAGAGCCAGUCUAAGCAAAACCAGUAGCUGGAGCUAAUAAGAGCUUACUAUAGGGUCAAUGAAAUAAAUGGAGUAUCAGCACAUAUCUUUAAAUCACAUGUGGUAUACAAAUCAGUGACUACAAACAAAUGCAGUCCAGAAGGAUGGCUGUGACAUGCUGACAGAAUUACUAGGAUCCCCCACAGAUCUGCCUCCUGUGGCAGCUUGCUGGCCAGCUUAUCCCUUAUGAUAAGCUGAAGGAAGGCUGAAGUCCUCUUUGUCCUAAAUAGCAAAGGACCAGACAGAGGGAGUGUGGUAAAUGUCAUGUUGUUAUUUAUGCUGCUAUGAGGAUUCCUGUGUUUCAUGAAAGACUCCAAUUCUCCUUUAGCAUACCCUUGAGAUCAGAUACUUCUUAAAAUUGUUUACCUCCUGUGUACAGACACUUACCUGCACUUAAGCUUUUGUUUUUCUUGAAAAAUAUAUGUUCUGAUGUACA